AUGGGGUACGAUAUUGCUGAAGGAACAAGAGUAUACGUAAAUGUUUAUGAAAUUAUGAGGGAUUCUAAAGUAUGGGAUCAAGCUGACACGUUUCUUCCAGAGAGGUUCGUGGAGUCAUCUAUUGAUUUCGUAAGGCAUAAUUUCGAGUUACUUCCAUUUGGUGCUGGAAGAAGGAGUUGCCCUGGAAGGGUUUUUGCCAUGGCCAUCAUUGAGAAGGUGCUCGCUACUGUUCUCUGCAACUUUGAUUGGUCGCUGCCACAUGGUGUGAACCCAGAGGACGUUGAUAUGACUGAAAGAUGUGGUGUGGCUAAUCAUAAAAAAGUUCCAUUACUUGCACACGAAAAACCUAUCCACAUUGUUAAUUGGUAA